AUGUCCCAAGAGCGAGCCCGUGCGCUAGUGUGUCAGGUGUUUGUGUGCGCGUGUGUGUGUCGUAUGCGCGCGCGUGUGUGUGUGUGAUUAGAGAGCGAUAGCAUCGUUCCGUGUGUUAUGUACGGUUUUCUCGCCACCGUGGUAUUAACUCGAGUGUGUGCAUGUGUGUGUGAGCGCCGCGCGAGCUUUUUGCCCAGGAGCGACUCGUCGCCGUCGUCGCCGCAGUUUCGCCGCAGUUGACUGUUUUUCGCGUACGCGUUUUUCACGCGCGCCGCCCGCCGUCGGUUUUUCUCGUUCGCGCCGCGUCACCGUCGGACAUCAUUCGUGUGUGCCGACUGCCGACGCCACCACCGCCGCCGCCGCCGCCGCCGUCGUCGUGUUUAUCAUCCGGUCGGUCGGUCGCCCGCCCUCCCGACAACAACCGCGACUACUGCCGUCGACACUGCAUCCAUCGCGGCACUUACGUAUUGUGUUACCGUGUGUGUUGUUACAACCAAAAAUACAAUAUAAUAUUAUUAUAUUGCUACGACAUAGGAGGUUGCAAAUUCAUGGUGUUUAUUUUAUCGCAUAAGAUAAGAUAGUUUUAUAGUAUUACAACUUAUAAACAAUGAAUCAUCUCAAUCAGUGAUAUAUUCUCGGAUUCAUCAAAUCUUAACAUUUUCGUAGUUUAUUUUAUUCCAUACAUAAUACUAAUUUCAAGUUAUUUAUAAAGACCAUUGUGCGAUAGUAAAUUGAAUAAUUAUACAUUAGUCACUACUCCGCAUACGGACAAUGUUCAUUAAAUUUGCUGAUUUGAUUGUAUCACAACAGCAUUAUAAAUAUCUACAAAACGACGGUCAAUCACCACACAGGCGUUUUAUCAUUUCAAUACUCAAUAACGAUCCAAACAAGCUGUCUACAUACAGGCAAACAGUUGUUGGUUUAUAGAGUUGUUGACUAUAACAAAAGUUAAUUCUUGAAAAACAUUUAACAAAAUGCGAUUAUAUCAAGAAGAAUAAUAUUAAUGAAACAGUAAAUGUUUAUAUUAUAAUUACAUUGUGUUUCUGUCGUUUAAUUGACAAUAGUCACAGAAAAUUGAUUUAAACUCUGAUUUUGUGUAAACAAAAAAAAAGAUUUCGCAUUUGCUUAUAUAGAGCAUGUCAAACACGGCGGCUACUGCUUCUAGUGCUGGUAGUGCUGCUAGCGGUGGAACUACUGCAUCAACUGGUGCGGCCACAACAUUUGUCGACCGCAUCGACCCAUUCACAAAGAUAUCUGUGUUGAAACGCAAAACGAAGCGUUCACAGGGCUCAUCGUCUUCUUCUAGAUACCGUACGUGUUCAGACGUUGAAUUACAGCCUUUACCGUUGUUAAAGGAUGUAACUGCUCAGGAACAGGAAGAGUUAAUGAUAAGAAAACUCCGACAGUGUUCAGUGCCUUUUGAUUUUAUGGAUCCCAUGGCGGAACUCAAGGGCAAGGAAAUAAAGCGUGAUACACUUAACGAAUUGGUUGAUUAUGUAUCAACGUCACGGGGUGUAUUGACAGAGAAUAUGUAUCCAGAAAUCAUUAAAAUGAUUUCUUCAAAUUUAUUCAGAACACUGCCACCCAGUGAUAAUCCAGAUUUUGACCCCGAAGAAGAUGAUCCUACAUUGGAAGCAUCAUGGCCUCAUUUAACUCUUGUUUAUGAAUUGUUUUUACGCUUUUUGGAAUCGCCAGACUUUCAACCAGCCAUUGGCAAGAAAGUCAUUGAUCAGAAAUUUGUGUUGCAGCUCCUUGAAUUAUUUGAUACGGAGGACCCACGGGAGAGAGACUUCCUCAAGACUGUGUUGCAUCGCAUUUAUGGAAAAUUCCUGGGCUUGCGUGCUUUUAUUCGCAAGCAAAUCAACAAUAUAUUUUUAAGGUUCAUUUAUGAAACAGAACAUUUUAAUGGUGUUGGUGAACUAUUAGAAAUACUAGGAAGCAUUAUCAAUGGGUUUGCACUCCCUUUGAAGAACGAACACAAGCAGUUCCUGGUUAAAGUGCUCAUACCUUUGCACAAAGUCAAAUGCUUAAGUCUGUAUCAUGCACAAUUAGCUUAUUGUGUUGUUCAAUUUAUUGAAAAGGAUAGCUCUUUAACUGAAUCUGUCAUUCGAGGCUUACUCAAGUAUUGGCCAAAAACGUGUAGCCUAAAAGAGGUUAUGUUCCUUGGUGAAAUGGAAGAAAUACUUGAUGUUGUUGAACCAUUACAAUUUCAAAAAAUUGAAACACAUCUAUUUAAACAAAUUGCUCGUUGCGUAUCCAGUGCUCAUUUUCAGGUUGCCGAACGAGCGUUAUAUUUGUGGAACAACGAAUACAUUAUGAGUCUGAUAGAAGAAAAUAACCAGACAAUCAUGCCAAUCAUGUUUCCAGCGCUAUACCGCAUCAGUAAGGAACAUUGGAAUCAAACCAUUGUAGCAUUAGUUUAUAAUGUACUGAAAACUUUCAUGGAAAUGAAUAGUCAACUUUUCGACGAAUUAACUGCUAAUUACAAAGCAGAACGACAAAAAGAGAAGAAAAAGGAAACUGAACGUGAAGAGUUAUGGAAACGAUUGGGACAACUGGAAAUAUCUCAUGUCCGUGGUAAACCAUCUACACCGUCACUAAUAUCAGUAGAUAAUAACAACAAGACUAGUAGUAAUAAUAGUUUGGAUUCUAUACAAACAGCAGUAACAACAUCAGCAGCACCAAUAGCAGCAGCACCAAUAGCAGCAUCUCCAAUUGCAGCACAACAACAGUAGUAGGAGUGGUAGUAGCAGCGAUAAUAAUUAUUUGUCAUUCAAUACAUACAUGUACCCAUGUAUAUGUAUAAUCUAUAUAUUUAUUUAUAUACACAGAUUUUUACAUGCAUUGUGUGUAUUAUAGUUGUGUACAAUUAAAGAUCAAAACAUUAAGAUAUGAAGUGGUGGCAUUUUAAAAAAAUACAAUGAACGUACAGUGUUGUUAUCGGUGCACACAUGCUGUUAUAGCGUGUUUGUAUAUUUUAUAUUCAAUAGUAUUUGUAUGGUAAUAUAUGUGAUUACAUAUGCUCCACAUUAAAAUUAUGUUUUACAAAAAUAUCAUCCGAGAGAAAAAAAUUAUGGGGAAUGUUAAUAAUAAUGGAAUAUAACAUACUUGAAAGUUCUGUGAAUAUUUAUUUUAUGUGUAUGAGAUUUUCAUGAAGAAUAAAAUAUUGGAGAAAUUAAAUAUGUGAUGUAAAACAUGUUUACAUACAUGUUCUUAUUUUUAUUAAAUGUAUAUUAUGUGAAUUGUUCGAUAUUAUGUACUCAAAAAUGUGACGUUAUCAAUGUUAUUCUAUUAAUUUGAUAUAUUCACAAUAACAAUCAACACAUGUGUAAACGCGAAUAACUAAUGCAAACUGUGGCGUUAUAAAAAUUUUAAUUUUUUAAUUAUUAAUGUAAAUUAAAUUAGAUUUAACCCUCUCCCCCUGUGUAAGCGUGUGCGUGUGUAAAUAAUAUUAGAUUAAUUAAAUAUUAAAAAUUGUUAUUUUUUAAUAAUUAUAUAUAUAAAUAUAUUAUAUAAUAUAUAAUGUAAACAUUCUUAACUGUUAGAAAUGGUAGUAGUAGAAGUGGUAGUAGUAGUAAUAGUAGUAGUAAUAAUAAUAAUAAUAAUAUUAAUAAUAAUAAUCAUAAUAAUAAUAAUAAUAGUAGUGGUAUAAUUAGUAGGAGUUUAAAAAUAUUAUUAAAUAACAAAAUACAUAAAUUAACUAAUUAUAUAUACUGAUCUGUAAAUAAUUUAAUAAUUGAACAAUCAGUGAUCAGAUGUCUCAAUAAUGGUGUUAUCAUUAUUAUGAUUAUGAUUACUGAUAUCCAUCGUGGCUCCACUGCUGCUACUCCUAAUUUUUUUUUCCAUUGUUGUGUCUUAAGAUAAAAUUAAUUUUUUUUAAAGAUAAAAUAUAUUUUAACAGUGUCGUUGUUGAUGCUUUAACCUUAACUAUUAGUAAUUACACUUAUACUACUGCUACUACUACUGCUAUUACUACUACUACUAUUACUACUAUUACUACAACUAUUACUACUACUAUUAUUAUUAUUAUUUAUAAUUAUGAAUAUUAUACGUAUAUUAACUAUAUGAAUGUUUCAUUUCUCGCGCGCGCGAUAGUCUUUAUGUAGUUUGUAAAUCAAUAUUAUAACGAAAUUAUUAUUAUUUGUUGUCGUUAAUGCGUGUGCGCUCGCGAGAGUUAUAAAAUUCUGAUAUAUAUAUAUAUAUAUGUACAAAACUGAAAAUUUCAAUCUUUUAAUCCAAUGAAAAUCCGUAUAGAUAGUAAACAUACACUCCAUAUGUACAUAUACACAUAUAUAUAUUUAUCUAUGUGUGUGUGUGUGUGUGUGUGUGUGUGUAUUUUUUUAAAUGGAAAAUAUUAUAUAUUACAUAAACACGAGGAAGAUACACACAAUUAUUAUAUAUUACUAUAUUAUUACUAUCAUUAGAUCAUUAUAAUUAUUAUUGUAAUUAUAUAAAUUAUAAAAUAUUAUUAAAAAAAAUGA